AUGUAUUUGAAGGGUGCAAACAGCUAUGGACAACUUGGUCUUGGUCACAAAGAGGAUGUGUUGGUACCUCAGUCACUGAAAGAUGUUUCCUGCAAAUGUCAAGACAUUAAAAGCAUUACUGGAGGAGGGGGACAUUCUGCAGUUAUCACUGGUGCAGGACAACUCUUUGUCUGUGGCCAUAACAAAGAUGGGCAGUUGGGGUUGAAUCACUCAGAAGAUAUACUGCAUUUUACUUUGUGCACUGCCCUGUCUGGCUUUUGUGUAAAACAAGUUGCCUGUGGCUGGGAUUUUACAAUCAUAUUAGUAGGAUCUGGCCUAGUUCUGUCCUGUGGGUCGAACUCUUUUGGACAAUUAGGAGUUCCUCAAAUAUCAAGUCCAUGCUCAAUUCCACAAAAGAUCGAGUCGCUCAAAGAGAAGGUGGUGGAUGUUGCAGCAGGACUGAGACAUGCCCUUGCUGUUACAGAGAGCGGUUUGGUGUUUCAGUGGGGAACUGGCAUGGCGUCUCGGGCAAAGCGUGCAAACCAAGGAAAAACCCUCCCCCUGUUCUUGACAGCAAAGGAGCCCUGUGAAGUAACAGGCCUGGAAGAUGUAAAGGUGAAGAGGGUUGCUGCAAGCUCCUAUCAUUCGGCGUCACUCACAGAUGAAGGACACCUGUAUGUCUGGGGUAGCAACAAACACGGGCAGCUAGUGAGCAGAGAGAUCUUUCUUGCUGAGCCCAAGAAGAUUGAGACUCAGUUUUUCUCACAUGAAAAGAUUGGAGCAGUUUGGAGCGGCUGGACCCACUUGGUGGCACAAACAGAAACUGGCAAGGUAUUCACCUGGGGCAGAAUGGACUAUGGGCAACUUGGAAGGCACACGGUGGUUCCCGAUGGGCAGGAGGCAUGCAUAGCAUCUGAACAACGCUUGGAGCUGUUGUGUAACAUUCCUGUUUCAGUGCCUUGCCUAAAUGGAGCAUCUCAGAUUGCAUGUGGCUCAGAGCAUAAUCUGGCAGUAGUUGGUGGCCAAUGCUUCUCUUGGGGAUGGAACGAACAUGGGAUGUGUGGUGAUGGCACAGAAGCAAAUGUUCACGUCCCAAAGCCAGUCAAAGCUCUUGGAUAUGCAAAAGAGAUCUUAGUUGGAUGUGGGGCAGGACACUCCAUGGCUCUUUGUAAAACUCCACAUUAG